AUGGUAGGCAGGUCCAUGGUACCCUCGGGCGCGGCCGUGGCAUCCGCGAAAAAAGCAGCGGCAGCCAAGGCGGCUGCGGCCAAGAGGUUAAAGUCCCGGCAACCGUCCGCGGCUAGGAAGAGCAGCAGCGGCAGCGCCAAGGUAGGUGAGCUGGUUGAGUCGGCGAUAGCGGGGCUGAAGGAGUCGGGAGGCUCGAGCUUGGCGGCGAUCAAGCGCUACCUGGCCGCGAACCACAACGUCGACGUCGAGAAGCUCACCCCGGCCAUCAAAAAGUACUUGAAGGCUACCUCGGCCGGGGGCUCCCGAGCGGGGACUUUCAAGCUCAGCCCGGCCAAGAAGCGGCGCUCGUCGUCUGCUGCUCCCAAGAAGAGCACGCCCGCGAAGAAGACCAAGGCAACGGUUAAGAAGCCCGGUAGCCCCAAGAAGAAGAGCUCGAAGCCGCUGGCCGCCAAGCCGCCCAAGCCAAAGUCGAAGAAGCCCGCCAAGAAGUCCCCCGUUGCCACGGGCAAGCCUAGAAAGACCGCCGCCACCAAGAAGAAGUAA